AUGGAUCAUGUAGCGAACGUUGUUUGCGGAGGUAUCGCGGGAGUUGUGGCAGAUUUAUCCUUGUACCCCUUGGAUACACUUAAAACAAGAUCUCAGGUAAAAAAGGAGAUUUUGUUCCCGAAUAAACCUGAUUUCCUAAAGUAUAAAAUCGUAUACAAACCUUCCAGGAAUUUCAGAUGUACAUCUCUCUAUUCCGGCUUAGCUGUGUUAAUCGGUGGCGAUUUACCAUCAUCAGCAGCCUUUUAUGGGAUAUAUGAGUUAACUAAAGAUAAAUUACACGCCAAUAAAGAUUCUGAUAAAAAGGCUGUUUUCCCGCUCCCUAUUAUUUAUUUUCUUGGUUCAACAUUUGGACAAAUUUCCAGCUUAGUGAUCAGGAACCCUUUUGAGGUUGUAAAACAGCAACUACAAGCUGGGUUGUAUACUAGAACUGCAGAGGCGUUUUAUAAUAUUCAACGGCUGCAGGGAUUCAGGGGCUUUUACGCAGGAUUCUUCUCCACACUUAUGCGUGAAAUACCCUUCGAUGGAAUUCAGUUUGUAUUAUGGGAAAAGUUUAGAUCCCUAAAUUCAGCUUCACAAUUGUCCUGCUUUAUUGCAGAUAAAACAAAUAUGUCCAGAAGUAGUGGGCAUGUAAUAGUGUCAGCACUUUGUGGCUCAGUUGCAGGAGGAAUAUCUGGAGCCUUAACCACCCCUUUGGAUGUCGCAAAAACACGAUUGAUGACACAGGGGAAAAAUAGAUUGUAUAAAAGCACAUGGGAUUGUCUAACCAAAAUCGCAGCAGACGAGGGACCGGGCUCUCUUUUCAAGGGUCUGGGACUGAGAGUGUCCUGGUUAACCAUCGGCGGAUUCAUAUUCUUUGCAGUUCUAGAGGCAGGAAAGGUGACAAUACGACCUGCAAUACUGAGAAGUUACGAUUCUAGAAAGUCAGACUAA